AUGCCCAAGCCUUUACCUCUCACAGCUCUGGAUCAAUGGGUGCAACCGAAGAGCAAGAGGCAAAAAGAUCAAGCCCUAUCCUUACUAUCGCGACUGCAUAUUGUCGAUAUUACUGCGCUGAGCCGAGAAGAUCCUCAGACUGUAGCUCUGACUAAAAGUUUCGGAACUUCUUUACGACUGGCACUUACUGGUGGAGGGAAUCAUCAAUCUUUUGGAGUUCCUUCGUCGGAUCACAUUGCGCCACACGUUGAUAUAGAUUUCUUGGAUGUACAUGCUCGAAUGCAAUGGGAGGGGAUUCUACAUUAUAUGGUCAAUAAUGUUGCAGCAGGUUCCGGGCAGGAAGGAAGUGGGCCCGCAGGUUCAGUUAAGAAACUACUCGAUGCAGGAAAGUUAGUUACAAGAGGGCGAAGUGUGGGUAUCACUCAAGCUGGAUUCUCAUUUUUAUUACAAGAAGCCAAUGCGCAAGUCUGGACUUUACUUCUUUUAUGGAUUGAAAAUGCUGAGAGUAUGGGAAUGGAUUCCGUUGAUGUACUCUCUUUCCUAUUCAUGCUAGGUUCCCUUGAACUCGGACGUGCAUAUAGCACCACAACCCUCACAGAUGCUCAACACAAUAUGCUCGGCAACCUCAUCGACUUUGGCCUGAUUUACCUCCCUCCUUCCGCUCCCACACAGUUCUUCCCAACUCGUCUUGCUACGACCCUCACCUCAGACGCCAGCGCUCUUCGUACCGUGUCAGCCGGUUUCGAUGCCGCUUCCAAAUCCGCCGCUAACCAAAAGGGCUUCAUAAUUAUUGAAACCAACUACCGCUUAUACGCCUACACAAAUUCUCCGCUUCAAAUUGCCGUCCUCUCACUCUUUACCAAACUUAACACUCGAUACCCCAACAUGGUCAGCGGCCGCGUCUCUCGUGAUUCCAUACGUACUGCCAUAUCUCACGGUAUCACUUCCGAUCAAAUAAUCACCUACUUAUCCACCCAUGCGCACCCGCAACUCGUCAAAGCCUCUACUGCAGCUCAUGGAGGACCAGUAUUACCACCUACGGUCGUUGAUCAAAUUCGUCUCUGGCAAUUGGAAAACGAGAGAAUGAAAGCAGUGCCGGGGUUUUUGUUCAAGGAAUUUGACGGGCAGAAGGAGUAUGAAGGGUGUGCGAAAUAUGCCGAAGAAGUAGGAGUAUUGGUUUGGAAGAAUGAUGCGAAGAGGAUGUUUUUCGUAACGAGGGUGGAGCAGUUGAGGGAUUAUAUUAAAGCGAGGAAGAUAAAAUAG